AUGAAAUCUGCAAGAAAUCUGAUCGGGUCAAUUGUCAUUGCAUCGCGUUUCGCUUUACAACAAUCAUCAGGCGUGGGUGCUAAUGCCGUCCGGGCGAAGAGUACACAAAUUAAAAAUGUAUUUGAGUGUGGUUCAAUGAGUCACUUAAAGAACAUUGGAUUUAAGAUUCCUUGGUCAUCGGACUCAUUAAGUGGUUGUGAGUUAAUAGCGAAAUUUCCAUUUGAGGGCUGCGACUCAAAGCUAAGACCCUCGAAGGGUGGCCUUGGAUUACUUACGAAGCCUCCAUCUAGUGGUUGUGAUUCAACGCUGAAACCCCCGUUUGCUGAAUGUGGGUCACCACCGAAACCCCCGUCUGGUGGAAGUGGAUCACCACCGAAACCAUCAUCUGGCGGUUGUGGUUCAACGUCGAAACUCCCAUCUAGUGGAUCUGGGUCAACGCCUAAACCUCCAUCUGGUGGGUGUGGAAUACCACCAAAACCCUUGUCUGGUGGAUUACCACUGAAAUCCGCGUCUGGUGGUUGUUGUUCAACACCGAAACUUCCAUCUGGUGGAUCCGGGUCAACAUCGAAACUUUCAUCUGGUGGAUGUGCAUUACCACCAAAACCAUCAUCUGGUGGUUGUGGUUCAACGUCGAAACUCCCACCUAGCRGAUCUGGGUCAACGCCUAAACCUCCAUCUGGUGGGUGGUGUAGAAUACCACCGAAACCCCGGUCUGGUAAAUCUGGGUCACCACCGAAACCCUUGUCUGGUGGAUGUGCAUUAACACCAAAACCAUCAUCUGGUGGUUGUGGUUCGACGUCGAAACUCCCAUCUGGUGGAUCCGGGUCAACAUCGAAACUUUCAUCUGGUGGAUGUGGAUCACCACCGAUUCCCCUGUCUGGUGGACGUGAUUCAACGCCGAAUUCUUCGUAUGGAAAUUGUGGAUCACCACUGAAACCUCUAUCAGGUGGGCGUGACAUAAUACCAAAACUUCCAUCUAGUGGCUGUGGAUCAUCAUCAAAAUCACCAUCUGGUGGAUCUAUGUCAACGUCGAAACCCCCGUCUGAUGGAUGUGGGCAACCACCAAAACCAUCUUCUGGUGGCUGUGGGUCAACAUUUAAAUMCCCGUCAGGUAGAUGUGGAUCAAYGCCUAAACCCCCGUCUGGUGGAUGUAAAUAA